AUGCAACCAUACAAGAGAAAAAAGUGGAACUUUCCAGUGAUAUUAGCUGCAUUAGUAUUAUCUGUUACUCAAUGCACAAGCGAACAGAAGUUAUUCGAGACAGUGUUUGAAGACAUUUUCUCAGUUCUGCCGUCGCGGAAACUUCGAGAUGUUCAAAAUGUGAAACGGGAAUAUGAUUUUAUCAUAGUUGGAGCUGGAUCUGGCGGAUCAGUGAUGGCAAACAGAUUAAGUGAAAUCAAUCAUUGGAAUGUGUUAUUACUAGAAGCGGGAAAAUUAGAAAGUCCAAUAACGGAUAUCCCAAUAUCUGCUGCAAUGAUGCAGACAACAGGCUACAAUUGGGGAUAUAAGUCGUAUCCACACGAAAGUGAAUGUCUUCGACUUGAAAACGGUGUCUGUAAUUUGCCACAAGGCCGCGCUAUAGGUGGAACGAGUGUUAUAAACUUUCUAGUUCAUACACGAGGAAAUAAACGUGAUUAUGAUGCAUGGGAAGAACUAGGGAAUCCUGGUUGGAGUUACAAAGAUGUUUUGCCGUAUUUCAAAAAGUUAGAAAAUACCAAAAUAAACUCACACAUAAACGAAAAUUAUCGUGGUGUUAACGGUCCAGUCAGUAUCGAGAAUCCUAAGUUUACAUCAAAAGUAUUAAAACCCUUUUUGAAAGCUGGAUUACAAAUGGGCUACAAAAUCAACGAUCCAAAUGCAGAGGAACAAUUGGGUUUUUCGAAGGUACAAGCUACGAUGCUUAAUGGAGCAAGGUGUAGUGCUGCUAAGGCAUAUCUCAUGUCUGUUUCUAAUCGAACAAAUUUGGAUAUCGUAAAAAAGGCUUGGGUCACAAAAAUUUUAAUUGAUUCGAUUUCAUUAAAAGCAGUUGGAGUAGAAUUUGUUCGAAAUAAGAAAAAGUAUGUAAUUCGAGCUACAAAAGAAAUUAUAUUGUCUGCAGGAGCUAUUGGAUCGCCACAUUUACUAAUGCUAUCUGGCAUUGGACCUAGAGAUAAUUUGGAAGAAGUUGGAGUGCCUGUGAUAAAAGAUAUGAUGGUCGGGUUUAACCAUCAAGACCACGUUUGUAUGCCAGCUCUCACUUUUCGUGUCAAUGCUUCUAUUACCUUAGAUGGACAAGAAGCACAAAAUCCCACCAAUGUAUUUAAGUAUUUAUUCAAGGGAGAAGGUCCAUUAACCUUACCCGGCGGAGCGGAAGGAGUCGCAUUUAUAAAAACUAAUGUUUCGUUCAUAGAACCAGAACAGCCAGAUAUUGAAAUUGUUAUGGGUCCAGGUGGGGUUCACGGUGACGCAUUUGGAGUGUUACGAAUAUUAUUUCUAAGUCAAUUAGAAUUGGAGAAUCCAGUGCAUUUAGAAAAUACAAUUCAACUUUUUGGCGCCAAAUACACCCAGGUUGUGAAAGUUUUGUUUUUGACUCUGACGAAUAUUGGAUUUGUGUUGUUCGAAGUUAUGCAUCUUCACUUCAUCACCACUCUGGAACAUGUAAAAUGGGGCCAGCAUCUGAUGUCUCUUCUGUUGUAA